AUGUCAUUGAAGCAUGCUUUUUGUUUUCCAGCUAAUGUAAAUGUGAUCGACUAUGGUACUGAUUAUAUUACUGUGAACUGGACACAUUCUGGUGAACAUGUAGACGAGUUUGUCAUUACGGCAAUUGCUACUGAAAAUGAAGCAGCAAAUGGCACUGAAACUGUAAACAUCACUCGAGGUACUGUAGAUGGUCUAACUCCUGGAGCUGAAUAUACCAUAACUGUAGUAGCAGUCAGUCAAGAUGAUGUAGAGAGUCUACCAAGUGAUGAAGUAAUUCAAAGAACAAUUCCUGAACCACCAUAUAAUGUGACUGUUGAAUCCUAUAAUACUGAUUCAAUCCAUCUACGAUGGGAGCCACCUCUGUCAAAUGUGUUCACACAUUAUAAUGUAACCUAUGUUGCUGAUAGUGAUCCGGGAAUGACAGUCACUGUAAAUAAAAGCACCACUGAAUCCAGUUUGACUGGAUUGAUAUCUGGAGAGACCUAUAAUAUCACAAUAAAAACUAUAAGUGGGGAUGAGUCCAGUGGAGCUAGUGACGCUGUCGUGCAAACAACAGAACCCAACAGUGUUGUUCUUGCUAGAGAUGAAACUCAGAUCACCACUGAUACAAUAGCUGUAACAUGGAGUAGUUAUUCUGGGGAUAUAGUAGAUACCUACACGGUGCAGUGUUCAUCUAAUGGUACAGCAGAAGAAGCAACUGUAGAUUAUGUGAAUGGUACAGACACUUACAGUGCUAAAUGUACUGGGUAUGAGACUGCAGGAAAGUUAGAAAACAUCACAGUUACUGCAGUGAGUGGUACAUCUGGGCCCAGUCAAUCAUUAAGUGAACCAUCAAUGAUUGAGAUUCACACAAAACCGAACAGUGUUGUUCUUGCUAGAAAUGAUAGUCAGAUCACCAAUGAUACAAUAGCUGUAAUAUGGAAUAGUAAUGCUGGAGAUGAGGUAUCAUACUAUACAGUAGAAUGCUCAGAUGGUGGUACACCAGGUCAAGCUAUGAUAAUUUAUGAUAACACUGUCACUUACAGUGCUAAAUGUACUGGGUAUGGGACAGCAGGAAAGUUAGAAAACAUCACGGUUACUGCAGUGAGUGGUACAUCUAAGCCCAGUCAAUCAGAAAGUGAACCAUCAAAAUUGGCGAUACACACAAAACCCAAAAGUGUUACGCUUGCUAGAGAUGAAACUCAGAUCACCAAUGAUACAAUAGCUGUAACAUGGAGUAGUUAUUCUGGGGAUAUAGUAAAUACCUACACGGUGCAGUGUUCAUCUGGUGGUACAGCAGAAGAAGCAACUGUAGAUUAUGUUAAUGAUACAGUCACUUACAGUGCUAAAUGUACUGGGUAUGGGACUGCAGGAAAGUUAGAAAACAUCACAGUUACUGCAGUCAGUGGAGAUAUCAACACCACUGGAUCUGAGAGUGAACCAUCAACAAUGGACAUACAUACAAAACCCAACAGUGUUACUCUUGCUAGAGAUGAUAGUCAGAUCACCACUGAUACAAUAGCUGUAACAUGGAGUAGUAAUUCAGGGGAUAUAGUAGAUACCUACACAGUGCAGUGUUCAUCUGGUGGUACAGCAGAAGAAGCAACUGUAGAUUAUGUAAAUGAUACAGUCACUUACAGUGCUAAAUGUACUGGGUAUGGGACAGCAGGAAAGUUAGAAUCUAUAACAGUUACUGCAGUGAGUGGAGAUCUCAACACCACUGGAUCAAAAAGUGAACCAUCAACAAUGGAAAUAAACACAAUUCCAAACCAGGCUGAUCCAGUUCGUAAUGAUAACUUAGUAACAAAUACCACUAUUGGAGUGAAGUGGACUGACCCAGGUGGUAAUAUCAAUCAUUAUGAAAUUGGAUGUCCUGAUGGCGGUACACCAUCUGCGAAUGUAACACACACACCAGAUAAAGAAAUGACAGCACAGUGUACGGCAUUAGCUACACCCGGUGGUCUUUAUAGUAUAACAGUAACCAGUGUGAGUGGAAACAGUAAGAGUGACCCAGCAGUGACUUCUAUGAAUACAAAACCAAACAAGGUGCGUCUUGAAAGAGAUGAUGAUAAUAUCACCAAUGAUACAAUAGCUGUAACAUGGAAUAGUAAUUCUGGAGACGAAGUGACGUACUAUACAGUAGAAUGCUCAUCUGGUGGUACAGCAGAGGAUUCACGUGUAGAUUAUGUGAAUGGUACAGACACUUACAGUGCUAAAUGUACUGGGUAUGAGACAGCAGGAAAAUUAGAAACCAUCACAGUUACUGCAGUGAGUGGAGAUCUCAGCACCACUGGAUCUGAAAGUGAACCAUCAAUGAUGGAGAUACAUACAGAAUCCAAUGCAAUAACUUUGACUAAAGAUUCUGAGUAUGUCACCACUACUAGUAUUGCCGUAACAUGGACAAAUCCUGGGGGAGCUGUAGCUUAUUAUACUGUCGAAUGUUCAGAAGGUGGAACUGCAGAAAAUGGUAGCAUUCCAUACAUUGAUAAUGAUCAGCAUGAAUACAGUGGUAAAUGCAUUAAUUACAACAACCCAGGAAACCUGGAAACGAUUAAUGUAACUUCAAUAAAUGCUGACAAUCAUCGUGGUGAAACAUCUUCAAUGGAAAUCAACACAGAGCCUCUACCAGUUACUGAUCUUACUAAAGUUGAUGCAACUACAGCAUUCAUUGAAUUUUCAUGGAUAGAACCUGAAAGUGGAACAUGGUCAGGCUAUGAUGUUGGCUAUCUCUCUGAAGAUGGAACUCAGCAGUUCAGUGAAUAUUUAUCUGAUGAUGUACACACUAUCACAUCUCAUACAUUCAAUAAUUUAACAGCCGGUGUACUGUAUGAUAUCACUGUCAUCACCGUAAGUGGUGAGGAGAUGAGUACGAAUGAAACAGAACCCAUGAGAACAAUUCCUAAUGCUGUAACUGAUCUAGUAUUGACAACACCUAAUCAAACUAAUCCUGAAAUAGUUAUAAUGUGGAGUCCUGUGGAAGAUGAAGUAAGUCAUUACAGAGUAAAGUGCAAUGAUUCUGAUGAUGUGACCACUGAACCUGAUGAUCAAAUCAUACCUCAUGAAAAUGUUACAUCACUGACUACAGAAUGCAGUGAUUUAUUUCCUGGGAGAUUAUAUAAUGUCUCUGUAUCUUCUAUAAGUGGCUACGAAGGUGUAGAUGAAACAGAAAGUGAACCAAUUGUCAAAGCCAAGAGAACGCACCCAAAACCUGUUACUAGCCUAAGUUUGACUAGUCCCGAUAAUUCAGUUGAUACUAUACAUGUAUCUUGGACUGCGCCAGAAGACAGUGAUGUAGAUGGUUAUAGAGUUGUCUGUACUGAAACAGAUAGUGGCGAUAAAAUUGAUGAUGUUGAAGUGACUGUUACUAAUUAUGAUUUCAGUGGUUUAACUGCUGGAAGAUUAUAUACUAUAGAUGUAUAUUCUUACAGUGGAUCUGAUAAUGAUGAGAAAUUAUAUAGUGUGAACACAACUGAUGUCAAGAGAACAUACCCAAAACCUGUUACUAGCCUAAGUUUGACUAGUCCCGAUAAUUCAGUUGAUACUAUACAUGUAUCUUGGACUGCGCCAGAAGACAGUGAUGUAGAUGGUUAUAGAGUUGUCUGUACUGAAACAGAUAGUGGCGAUAAAAUUGAUGAUGUUGAAGUGACUGUUACUAAUUAUGAUUUCAGUGGUUUAACUGCUGGAAGAUUAUAUACUAUAGAUGUAUAUUCUUACAGUGGAUCUGAUAAUGAUGAGAAAUUAUAUAGUGUGAACACAACUGAUGUCAAAAGAACAUAUCCAAAUUCUGUUACAAUAACUUCAACAUCCACCACUACUGAUAGUCUUAAUGUAACAUGGUCCUUGCCAGAUGGUAACUGGACUGGAUACAGAAUAGAGUAUGUCCCUCAGGACAAUCUUGCCAAUGCUGUUCUACGGAGAGAAGACAUUUCUGAUCCUGAGCAGAAAAUAGUACAUCACACGAUAUAUGAUCUUUAUGCAGGAACAUUGUAUAACGUUACAAUCUUUACUGUAAGCAGUGGGAUUGAUCAACUUGAGAGCUUACCAGAUACAACUGAAGACAGAACAGUACCAGCAACUGCAUAUAAUGUGACUGAAGUGGAGUCAUCAAAAACUAGUUACUCAUUAGAAUUUUCUUGGAAAAUUAAUACAACUAGCUUACAUGACUAUUAUGAAGUGUAUUACCGAGGACAACUGGAUACAUCAUUUAGAAACACAACAUCUGAUUCUGAGAACGUUUCACUUGUGGAUUUAAGAGCAGGGGACACCUACAAUGUAACUAUCAUCACCAUAUCUGGUAAAAAACGAAGUGCACCAAGUGAGCCUGCAUAUGGCACAACAACCCCGUUGUCACCUGGCGCAGUUUCAGUGAUUGAUGUUACAGAAACUGAAAUAAAAAUACAGUGGGCACAAGCAUGUGAAAAUUGUACCUAUGAUUAUUAUGUCCAUCAUGAGCCAGAAGAUGGUGAAGUAGAUGUGGAUUCCAGUUCUUUACAUGCUAAAUUGUAUGAUUUGAAUCAUGGAACUUUGUAUAAUAUCAGUGUUGUUUCCAUCAGCAACGAUGUUCCUAGCGAACCAACUUAUACAUUAGCAAGAACACUUCCUGAUACACCUGAAAACAUAACCAUUGAAACGGGCAUGCGGUCUUUAAACGUUACUUGGGAUGAACCGGAAGGAGAAUAUGCGGGAUAUAAUAUUAGUAUUGAACCUUCAACUAAUAGAGCUGGGAAAGACAUCAUAGUUGAUGUUCCUGACAAAGGAAUUGAAGAAUGUAUUAUCACUGAAUGUGACCCAUAUACCAAUUAUAAGAUUACAAUUAUUGUCCACAGUGAUGAGCCUAAUCAAACUUUCAGUGAACCCGCUGUAUCACAUGCAAUGACUGAAACUGCUCCACCACCUCCUCCCAGAAAUAACAUAGUUCCUUCAUCCUCUGAGUCUGACAUUGAAGUUUCUCAAACAACAAUCACAGUAUUAUUCACAGAUGAUUAUUUUAAUGAUUCCAAUGGACCACUCUUAAAUUUCACUGUCAUUGUGACAGAAGAUGGCACUGAGGAAGUUGAUAAGCAUCUGAAUGGUGAAAUACCACGUGUAUAUUGUAAAGAUUGUGAAAAUGUACCAGGUAUAGAAGAAGGAGAAGUGAAGACCUGGGCAGAAGUACAAAACACUCCAGCCAGAUAUCAGAUUGAUUAUCCUUAUGACUAUCCAG